AACUCCCGGCAUGCUCCGCUCCGGGGAAAGGGGCGCGGGAGCGUCGCGACCGGAUGACGCUAGCGGAGCAGCGCGGGGAUUUUGGAGCUGGCCUGCAAUCGCCCCUCUGUGCCCUGGAGGGACCAUGGACGCCUUGGUCGAGUCUCGGUGGCCCCCGGGCCUGGCCGUGAUGAAGACAAUUGAUGACUUACUGCGCUGUGGAAUUUGCUUUGAAUAUUUCAACAUCGCCAUGAUGAUUCCCCAGUGUUCCCAUAACUACUGUUCUCUCUGCAUAAGAAAAUUUUUGUCCUAUAAAACACAGUGUCCAACUUGUUGUGUGACCGUCACCGAGCCAGACCUGAAGAAUAAUCGCAUAUUAGAUGAACUGGUAAAAAGCUUGAACUUUGCACGGAACCGUGUGUUGCAGUUUGCUUUAGAGUCUCCGCCCAUCUCUCCUGCCUCCUCUUCUUCUAAGAAGCUUGUGGCUAGAGUGGACACGCCAGUGGCCCCCAAACCAUCCCUAAAGCAGGCGGGCAGGACACUGGACAAUUUCCUGAUGAGAGAAACCGGCGGUUCUGCGGCCGAGCUGUUGGUGAAAGCGAAAGAAAGCAAAUCCAGUCCCUGGAAAGAGGCACAUGCAUCAGUUAGGACCAAAGAAUCGGCCUCCGUGGAGAGGCUAGCACCAGCUUCUUCAGCUGCCAAAGGGCCCGAGACACCUUCCACGUCCGCCCCAAAACCCAGCCCCAGAGUGGAUUGUCCUGUUUGUGGGGUUAGCAUCCCGGAGAAUCACAUUAACAAGCACUUAGAUUGCUGUCUGUCCCGUGGAGAGAAGAAGGAAAGCCUUCGAAGUUCUGCUCACAAGAGGAAGCCGCUGCCCAAAACCGUCUAUAACUUGCUGUCAGAUCGCGACUUGAGGAGAAAGCUGAAGCAGCAUGGCCUAUCUGUUCAAGGAAGUAAGCAGCAGCUCAUUAAAAGGCACCAAGAAUUUGUACACAUGUACAACGCCCAAUGUGACGCUUUGCACCCUAAAUCAGCUGCUGAAAUAGCUCAAGAAAUCGAAAAUAUGGAGAAGACUAGGAUGCGUCUGGAAGCCAGCAGGCUCAACGAAAGCAUAAUGGUUUUCACGAAGCACCAGACAGAAAAGGAAAUAGAUGAGAUCCACAGCAAAUACCGUAAAAAACAUCAGAAUGAAUUUCAGCGACUAGUGGAUCAAGCCAAAAAAGGAUACAAGAAAACUGGCAGGCCGUCAUCCCCUAAAAAAACAGCGAAGAAAGAAGAGGAAUGUACAGGAAAGCGGUCUCCUGUCUUCUCAGGACUGGAGGAGAAGAUGACCAAAAUCUCAACUCUGCCAUUGGUGGUUGGCCACUUUUCGCAGUCUCAGCAGGGCUCCUCAAAGUGCCCGGAGCCUUCCGAGGCAGAUGAAGAGUCUUCCAGCUGCUCUGACAUUCAGGACACAGCUCCUUCGUCCCCAGAAUCGGAUUCCUGCAACAGUUCCAGCUCAGACAUCAUAAGAGACCUUCUGGAACAGGAGGAGGCCUGGGAAGCGGCACAUAGAAAUGAUAUGCAGGAUCCAGACCAGAGUCCAAGACACCACCGGCGUGUGAGGACCACCGACAGUUCGGAGAUGGAGCCCAGGAAUAAGCGGAACAGAAAUUAGCCACUUCCACCCAUGCCCAGAGGG